CCCUAAUUGAGCAAUCGAGGCCAGCGUCCUGCUCAGUGGCUAGCUGCUUGUGCGCUGCUGCUCGGUAGUUAGUUUUCCACCUAACGGCUAUGAUUGACAGAGUCAGCAGAGGUUUACACGGGCAUGUCGGCACACUCGCUCGGUCCUUAUCGGAGCAGAGAGACCAGCGGCAUGGCGAGUAAAGGAGACGAGAGCUGUCGCCGCUCUCACACAACAACAAGAACGCCGUGUCUCGGAAUUUUCAGGAUGUUAUUUAUUGCUUUUAUUCACACGACGUGGGCAAAUAAACAAGCCUUCAUCCAGUCAGACACAAUUCUGGAGGUUUUACAUUUUGGCGAGGGAAGCCUUUUACAGACAGAGUCUGACGUCGACUUUAGUUUAUAUCAUCAACAGAGCACCUCCCCACACCGCUGGAACUGUCGACCUAUACGAUUUGAACCUCCAAUGUUGGACUUUCAUGAACAGCCUGUUGGAAUGCCAAAAAUGGAUAAAGUUUAUUUACAUAAUCCUAGCUCAGAAGAAAUUAGUUUGAUAUCUAUAUCAGCAACAACGGCACAUUUUCACGCCUCCUUUUUCCAGAAUAGGAUAAUCCCACCUGGAGGGAACACCUCAUUUGAUGUGGUGUUUCUGGCUCGUGUUGUUGGGAAUGUAGAAAACACUUUAUUUAUAAACACAUCACAUCAUGGAGUGUUUACAUACCAGGUUUUUGGGGUUGGUGUCCCAAACCCCUACAGACUGCGACCCUUCAUUGGGGCCCGGGUCCCAGUGAACAGCAGCUUCUCUCCACUUAUAAACAUCCACAACCCGUACAGCGAACCUUUACAGGUUGUUGAGAUGUACUCCAGUGGAGGGGAUCUGCAUCUAGAGCUUCCCACAGGCCAACAAGGAGGCACUGGUAAACUAUGGGAGAUUCCUCCGUUUGAGACAAAGGGGGUGAUGAGAGCUAGCUUCUCGUCGAGAGACGUGGACAACCACACAGCUUUCAUCAGAAUUAAAACCAGUGCCCCAAACGAGGACCAGUUCAUCAUCCUCCCAGUGGAGGUGGAGGUCACGUCAGCCCCCGGCAUAUACUCCUCCAUAGAAAUGCUUGACUUUGGUACUCUUCGAUCACAAGAUCGUCCAAAGCUGCUGAAUCUGCAUCUUUUAAAUUCAGGAGCAAAAGACGUACCUAUAACGAGUGUUCGCUCAACACCGUCAAACGAAGCAGUUACAGUAGACUUCAAAGCAGUUACACUCAAAGCUGGAGAGAGUCGAUAUACUAAAGUUGCCAGCAUUAGUUUUGAUGCCUCAAAAGCGAGAAGACCUUAUCAGUUCUCUGGUAAAAUAACAGUUAAAGCUAAAGAGAAGAGUUAUUCCAAGCUUGAAAUCCCAUACCAGGCAGAGGUUUUAGACGGCUACCUGGGCUUUGACCACACCGCCACGUUGUUUCACAUCAGAGACAGCCCUGUGGAGCCAGUGGACAGGCCCAUCUUCCUCACAAAUGCCUUCAGUUUUGCAAUCCGGAUACAUAACGUGUCGCUGCCUGAGGAGGCAAAAACUAUGUUCAAAGUGCAGAACUUCAGCACACCUGUUGUCAUCCCUCCACACAAAUCCUGUUAUAUGUUCUCCCUCCUCUUCCGGGCCAUCCGGCCAUCCAUCCACAUAGACAGCAACAUCCUGCUCAUCACAAAUGCUUCCAAGUUUCACCUGCCUGUUCGGGCUUACACGGGCUUCUUGGAGCCACUUGUCCUGCCCCCGAGUCUGAAAAACAACAUCCUAGACUUUGGUGUCCGCAGCGCUACAGACACCAGCAGCAUCAUAUUCGUGGUUGUCAACAGUAACCCUAUCGAGCUGGAGAUAAAGUCCUGGCUGGUCACAGGGGACAGUCUUUCCAUGGAGCUGCUCAAGAUGGAGAGGGGAAACACAACGGUGGCCCUGAGUCGCCUGCAAGAGCUGCACAACACUUCAGCCUCACAUCACAAAACUGUGAUUUUAGCAUCAGGCUACUACGCAGCAUUCAGGGUGACAUUGAUAGCCAAGUCCCUGGAGGGUGUGUAUGAUGGAGCGGUACACAUAACCACAGAUUAUGAGAUAUUAACCAUUUCGGUGAAGGCUCUCAUUGCUGUGGGAACCUUAAAAAGCUCACCCCAGCACAUUGUUAUGCCACCUUCAUUUCCAGGAAAGAUUGUUCACCAAAGUUUCAACAUACAGAGCUCCUUCACACAGAAAGUCAGGCUACAGCAGAUUCGCUCUCUGACGGAGGACCUCCGCUUUUAUUACAAGCGCCUUCGCAACAACAAGGAUGAGCUGGAACCCAGACGCAAAUCUAAGGUGGCAAAUGUUUAUUUUGAUGCCAGUUUGCAGUGUGGUGAUCACUGCUAUGUGGGCCUCCCAUUUGUGCUUAAAUCUGAGUCCAAACCCCACAGGUUGGCUUUACAGGAGGACAUCUGGGAUGCUGAUGUUGACCUCCACCAGAAACUCCUCAAACGAUGGAAGGAGCUCAAAGAGCUCUCAGGACACAAAAUUGAAGCCGUGUUUGAAGUCAACACAGACCUUCAGAAAAACGUUCAGGCUAAAAUAACAGCACAGUUAACCUGGCCUUCACUUGUCAACUCUUCACAGCAAAUCACGUUUCCCCUCACCAACACAAACAGCUCCUCUGAUGAGGAAGUGAUUCUGCAGAACCCUGCAGACGUGCCCGUCUACGUUCAGGUUCUCCCGUUGGCGCUGCUACCCAACCCCUCUGUGUUUUCAGGAAAGCUAGCUGACAGGUUGCCUUUUGAAAAUUUGUCGAACAUAAACCUAGAUGUGAGCACGUUAGAGUUCCAGGUUCACAGAAAUCAGACAUCCCCAGUAAAGAGCAGUUCAGGGUUUGUUGAAGGCUCAACUAGACCCUUUGUUUAUAAUCUCCUGCUUUUGCCUGGAGAAGUCAAGUCGUUCAGCGUGAGGUUCACCCCCAUCAGCAACCACAGCGUCUCCUCCCUCCUCAUCGUCAGGAAUAACCUGACGGUGAUCGACACGAUCGUACUUCACGGACGAGGCACAACUGAGAGCCUGAAGUUAGCAGGGAAGCUUCCAGGACAGGGCAGCUCUCUGAGGUUUAAGAUGACUGAGGCCCUGCUGAAGGACUGCACAGAGAAAACUAAAGUCAGAGAGCCAAACUUCACACUCAGAAGAACCUUCAGAGUGGAGAACACCGGCCUGCUCCCGAUCACCGUCAGAUCAGCAGAAAUAAAUGGACAGGCUUGUGAAGGAUACGGGUUUAAAGUUCUCAACUGUCAAGAAUUUGCACUCCUGCCAAAUGCUUCAAAAGACCUCAUCAUCCUGUUUACGCCCGACUUCACUUCAUCUCGAGUGACCCGAGAGCUGAAGCUGGUGACACACAGCGGCUCGGAGUUUGUGUUUGUCCUGAACGCCUCGCUGCCCUACCACAUGUUAGCUACGUGUGCAGAAACUCUGCCCAGACCCAGCUGGGAGCUGGAGCUCUACAUCAUUGUGUGUGUUGUUAUGAGCUCGAUGUUUCUGUUGGUGAUUGCCACGGCCUAUCUGGAGGCUCAGAGCAUAUGGGAGCCUUUCAAGAGACGGGUGUCUGUGGAAUCCAACUCCAACUUGGAGACUGGGAGACCCUUUAACCUCAGGGACUUUGUGCAAAACCACAAUGACUUAAAGUGCAACGACUACAGCGAUUCAAACCAGAACUCCAGAGGAUUCUACCCAUCCAGCAACGGAACCGUUCGGACCGGAGCCCGACAAGACAAGAGCCGCACUUUGUCAGAUUCAGAGAGCCAAGAUAAGCGGUCCAAGAUCUCCUUCAGCCGCUCACCUAUGCAAGCUACUUCAUCUCAUCUACCCAAAGGAAGUUCAUCAGGUCAAGACGGCCCCCCAGCUCACUUUCAACUGAUCAAUCGGAAACCUCGCAACAUCAAACAGCUCGACCUUCAGGGUCAGAAUUUAGCUGGGUCAUCCCUGCCUCACAGAGGCCUCAGCGCUGAUGAUGCCGACUACGCCAACCUGAUAGGAGCCAUGGACAACGACCUCGACCGUCCAGAGUCACUUAGUGCUGAAGCUCCACAGGAGCAGAGCUCUUGGUCCAUACAGAACAAAGGUAUGCCUGUCUGUCAUGACAGCAGAGCAGGUCACAAGUCACAGGUGGUCAAGUUACAUUCUGCUUUUCCAGUGUUGGAAAACAAAGGGAAGCCACGUUCCAAAAUAAAAGCCCUUAAAAAGAAGGAUGACAAGGAGAAAAAACUUACAGUAAAGACUCAGGGAGAUGAGCCGAAGGACAACAUGGCCGACAAUGACGACAGCUCCUCCACCACAACAGAGACAUCCAACCCAGACACGGAGACAAACCUCAAAGAGGAACCUGUGAAAAAGAAGGGGAGGACAGUCACUCCUGGAAAGAUAAAAGAAGAAACUUCAAAUGUCCCAAGCAAACCCAAAGAAAGGAAGCAAGAAGCAUCUAAGAAGGAAAAUCAGGCAGAGAAAUCCAGUUCUCUGGAGCUGCCGUAUAGAACCCCACUGGAGAGCAAGAGGAGGAGCUUCACAUCCAAAGUUCUUCAUCCCCUCACCCCAAAGACAAGAGUCCAACAGAAACAGAGAACAGAGGGGAAGCUGGAGGACAGCCGCCCCUCCCUUCUAGCCAAACUGUCGUCCAGCUCCUCUGUCCCUGAGCUGGGUCACAGCAGCAGCUCUGAGGGCGAGAAGGAGUUUGCUUCACCUGAGUGGGACGUUCCUCUUCCUAAUAAUGGCCUCCAAGCAGAUAGUCUGCAGCAGAUUUCUAUCCAGACCAUGAACGCAGAUCCUUUCCUGAAGAGGUCUGCCAUGGCUGGGACCUGCUCCCCCCCACCCACCUCCCCCAGCCUGCUGUCCCGAGGCACCUACAGCAGCGUGCUCAACAGCAACAGUGAGGUCGUUCAGAAAAAAGCUCCAGGAAGCAAACUGUCUACAGGAACGCCACUCCCCGGUAAAAACGGGAACCCCACGUUUGCCGCCGUAGCUGCAGGCUAUGACAAAAGCCCAGGUGGGUCCGGCCCAGGUAAAGCUGACGGCCAGGGCAAGCCUCUGGCACACAUGCCACCUGUGGACAGAGAUGGUUCUGACAGUUCUGGACCGUGGAGUUCAUUGGACACAACCAGCAGUCCAAGCUACCAGCCACCAAACUCUUUCUCAGCUUUUGGGCCCAACAACUCCUUCAAUCCCAUGAGAGUUUUCAGUGGGAUGAAUCUCCCAAAGCUGUCAGAGCCUCAGCCAAACUGGCCGGAGUUCAGCACCGGCUCGUCGUCCAUCUGGAACACGCCGGGUAGCGACUCUCUGCACUCCUGGCCCACCAGCUCCAACUCACCGACCUCCCCGACUUCAUCGAUCCUGGGAAACACUUGGUCUGCAACCAUACCCUUCAGCAACUCCAUCUGGUCAACAAGCGCAGAUUCAUCGCUACACCCUUUCUCACCUCCAACCAACUCGGCAGCUCUGACUAAUCUGGUCAACAGCCCCGCCCCGCCCGUUUCCACGGGGAUGAGUCGGACCUUUAACCCCUGGAGUGCGUGGCGUCCCACCCUGAGCAGACGCAGCUCCGAGCCCUGGCCCAGCUCUUUAGACAACGACAACUAAGCAGCGAAUCCCAGCACUUACCAGACGUCCCUCGUCUGCUAAACCAAGUCUAAUUUUCAGAGAAUCCCACAUUAUCUCAGCGUUGGGUUGGUAAAGCAAGCCUUUGUUUCCCCGCAGCUUUUAAUUCAUGAGGGGCAAUAAUGCUGUCUUUUAUUUGGAUUUUUUUAACAGAUGCCCCGCCAUUCAAACUGUCCUGAACAUGUUUGCUGAUCCGAGGUCAGCCAGCUUGCUCUAAUAGAAAGGCUGGUAAGGCUUCAUACUUUCAAAGUUUGGAAAGUUUUGAGUAAAGUUGGAGCAGACAUUUUAUUUUAACCAGUUUGGUUUAUAUCGGUUGAAGAUUAAAGUUUGUUUCAAAAGUCAGAAUUAAACCCUCUAACUUUGGCUUAUUUACAUUCGGUUGCUGCUUGGUGGAACAAGCUUUAUAAAACUGGAAAAGGAUUGUUUUUUUCCCACCUCGAAAGCCUAGAAAUGCUUCAGGUAUGUUCCCCGCUUUUUAAAGAGGAAUUCUGUCAUCAGAUGAUGAACGGAUUUAAGUUUGAGGUUUGAUUUGUUCAUCUGUCGCCUCUGUUUGCAAGUUUAAUUAAAGGUUUUCAUCAGAA